AUGUCUCCAGGUGUCCUGAACCUGCCUGUGAUUGCCGUGGGAAUAUUUUUGGGCGGUUUAAUAAUGAAGAGGUAUAAGCUGAGUGUGGUGGCUGGGGCCCAGCUCUAUUUUAUUGCCUCCAUCACAGCGUACCUUCUGCUCCUCUUCCAGUUUGGCACAAAGUGUGACAAUGUGCGUGUGGCCGGGCUCACUGUGUCCUACAAUGGGACUGCAACUAUAUCACAUGAUGAACACUCACUGGUGUCUCAGUGUAACCAGAACUGCUCCUGCUCUGUAACUGAAUGGAAUCCGGUGUGCUCAGACAGUGGCAUUACAUACACAUCGCCGUGUUUCGCAGGAUGUACCAGCUCCACCGGACAAGGCAAAAACACGGUAUUCCACAACUGUAGCUGUGUCCUUACCCCCUCACCAGUAGAUGGCAGUAAGUCAGUAUCUCUGGGCCAAUGUCCCCGGGGCCCUGAAUGCACUCAGAGUUUCACCUCCUACAUGGCAGUAUCUGUCUUGAGCUUCUUUAUCAACUCGCUGGGCACAACCCCAGCAUACAUGGUCAUUUUACGUUGCAUUACACCUGAGCUGAAGUCACUAGCAUUAGGUGUUCAAACACUGAUGAUGCGAACACUAGGUGGUAUUACUGCACCAGUGUAUUAUGGAGCCUUCAUUGACUCUAUAUGUUUGAAAUGGGGAAUGAAGAAGUGUGAAGGCAGAGGUGCCUGUCGUAUGUACGAUUCAGAUAUGUUCAGAGUCAUCUUCUUGGGCUUGUUCACAUGUCUGAAUGGCUGUUCCUACGUCUUCGCCAUCGCUGUCAUAGUUCUCCUGAGAAAACAGUUUAGUAAGGAAGAGGUCAGAGCACUACAGCAAACCGCCAGCAAGCGAAAUGAAACUGAGCUUCAGACUCCAAAUAUGUGCAUCUCUGAUGGAUCCAAAACUGACAUCAGAUCCACAGAAAACACAACAGAAAUAACCCACAACUCUGUGGUGGGUUAGACCGACCAUUAGUUCAAUGGAGAAUGACCAAGAAAAUCAAUGACAAGGAUGGCAGACCAUUGAAAUAUCAGAUGGAAAUACAUAGAAGUUUACAACUUCCCAAAUCUCUGGAUCUUGUAACAGUAUGAACUCAGAACUGAAAUCUCUAAAUAAAGACAUUUAAAAAAAAAGAAUUGAUAAACAAUGCACAUAGUUGAAUUAACCUCAUCUGCCAUUGGUCAUACAAACAGGUUGUCCUGCUCCAAAAUCACACCGAUUGUUGACAUAUUGGGCCACAGAAUAAAACUGUAUAUACAGUAGGCGUAUAAUAAAGCCACAAAAAUAUACACAUA